AGCAAUGCUUUCAAAUGAUACUUAGGAGAAGCUUUAGAGAUUCUUGAAAAUCAGUGACAUGGAAGCUUUUACUCAGCUCAACGACGUUAGCGAAAUCUCCAAUUCUACUGGUAUUGGAGGCAACUAUGAUGAAAAGGGUUUAGGGAUACUUUACCAUGACAAGGUGUCACCAGAGGCUGAUACGGCUGUGCACAUGUCAGUUUCCAAAGCAGAGAAGCGACUCAAAAAGCUCGAGAGGGAUUAUCAACACACCUAUGAGAAUUACAUAGAAACCCGAUCAAACAGGUUUAGGUUCUACAUCAACGCAAAACAUUCUAGCUAUCGCAGUGGCCAGGCUGGAAACUCUAUCAUUUAUUACAACAAACUGCGAGAGCAACUGCAGAAUAAUCUUGACAAAAUGAAUAAAGCAGAAGAAACAAAAAGAGGAAUAGAAAGGCCUGACUACUGCAAGCAAUUCUCAAUGCUGCACAGUUGUAAAAGCUUGGCCCAAGAGAAGAGGAUACUACAACAGAUAGAAGAAAGACCAAUCCAUAUGGAAAACUGUAGUGACAUGAAUCAAGAAACAAUUCAUCACAUAAAAAUAAGCUGGGAGUUCAAAUACAGUCAAAGUAGAAUUCCAAAAAGUAGCAACAGCAAAACAGUACAUGAUCUGCUGAGGAGAUUUAAAGACACAGAGAAGAUGAGGGAGAAAGCUAUUAUUGCCAAUGGUGAGCAUGUCAACAACAACCAAACAAGUCAGGACAGUUUGAAAACAUCUAUAGAGAUGGAAAUAAAACUUCUGAUAAAAGUAAUUAAAAAGCUUGGAAAAGAAAUUAGAGGGAGAGAGACAAGGAUCUGGACUGAUAAUAGUCACGAGGAAAAGAUGAGGCAUCUAGAGAAAAAAUGUGAAUGGAUAUGCAGGAAAUGGGAUGAAGAAAAGAAGUAUCUUGUAGAGUUGAAGAAAAAUACAUGAGGGGUUGUAAGCUUGUAAGACCGUCCCGCUAGCAUUUCAAAGUAUCCUUACAUUGUUAAUUCUUCCCGCUGCAGUAGUUUGGUUUGGGGAUUCAAAUCUUAUUUUGCUAAACUGUCCACUCCGUUUCUACUGCACACUACCACUGACGGUAAAACUCAUACAUUAGUUAUAACCACAAGCCUAGCAAAAUUUGUUCUACAAGAUUGGAACACUAUCAACGGUGAUUAUGCGUAAAAUCUAGGACUCAUAAAGAAGAGACAGGGCAAAAGAUCACCAGAGUUUGAUCAAAUGUUAGUUAAGCAUGCUACCAUUUACUACCUUUAGAGUCUAGACUCUUUCCAGAGAUAGAUAUGCAUAUAUCAAGUUGUGAGGUUGUAACCCUAAAGCACAAAACAGAAAAUGUUCUCAAAAAUUUGAAGUUCAUCCUUAGGGUUCUAUACAUAUUUGGUUCUUGAGUACUCUU